GGUCCAGCAGCAAAUAGAAAAGCCACUGAUUCGCCUGCUGCGUGCACUUUUCAUCAGAAUUUCACCGCUAGUCUUUUUGCUUUUCUUUUGACAUCUGCUUCAGCAUCCAGCAUCUAACACCGGCAUCAUGAAGAAUAUUAACGCAUAAUGUGAAGGUCUGCCGUGAAGAUGAUGGAGCAGCAUCUUCUCCAUCUUAGGAGGCACGAGGCAGACAUGUCUUAUGAACUCUUGGCGCCCCAGCCACACAUUCGGGGGCAAACACCAUGGCUGGGGCGGCAACAUAAGAGGGCAAGUCGCCCAAUUAUGUGUGUGGUCGACAUCGUGAUGGUUCCAUCUGGAAAGGGCAGAGAAAUGACGGGGCUUCUGUUAAGUGUCCUCCGGCCUCGCCCCACGGGCAAGAAGAAAAGAAGUCAUUCAGCGAGUUCAACAAAGCGCAUCAGAAGCGACAUCUGCCGUUCGACCAUUGCUCCCAACAGUCCGAGUGAACAUCCCACUCGUGUUCUUGGACAGCAAAGCAAGCUAUUCCAAGCUCCUGACCACAGAAAAGUUCCCAGGAUCCGCCCCUCGCAAUGGCAAUGUCCAGGCACUUUCAUCCCCAGCCCAUCAGCAGGGAGAAAGACUGGCUGGAUUAUGCAGUGCGAAGACUGUCCAGAAUAGCGGUGGGCAAAGACCAGGGCCAGGAGAUGGUCUGGAAAUAUCCACCCACUUGGUGGAGCCGCGAGUGCAAACACCCGUGGAGGAACCCCACAGCAUCCAAACAAAAGGACACGGUGCAGAUAUUGAGGGACAAGUUCAUUUGCCUCGAGCAGCAUCUGAGAAAGGAGAACAAAAUCCCAGAUGAUAUGAUACCAGAAAUCACAGAGUGGAAAGAAAAUCGCCUCCCGAACCUUUUUUUUCUGACUUACAUUAGCAGUUUAUUAGGAAAAUGUAGAACACUAGGGAUAUUGCUGAACAAGCCUCAGGACAAACAAAUUGAACAUUCAAAUUAUAUUUCCAACAUGAUAGCUGAAUUGUUUAGCUCUAUGGAAGAAAACAUGCAGAAAAUAAAGGAUUUUGUAGAAAAACAAAAAAGCAGUUUAACUCUUGAGCCCACACUAACAUCACCAUCUAGAUCAACCUUACAAAAGCGUGAUUUGGAAGCCAUCAGCACUGCUGAUGAGUGUCUUUAUCCUCCAGCCAAAAAACGUCCAAGACAAUCAUCCUUGUCUCCUAGCUUUUUACAUUCAGAAUCUUCUCCAUCCUCACCUUAUGCCACCUCUUCUCCUUGCACACAAAUGUCCAAUGACAUCCUGAACAGUAUAAGAAAUGAUAUAUUAUCCAGUGCUUCAAAUCCCAUAGAGAUUACACCGCAGGAACUAACCCCUACAAACUUGCUCGUUCAACCUGCAUCUGUAGACAAUAACCCUGUAAAAAGUACUAUGGUCAAUAAACAGCAACAUCCACCAGUAUAUUUAGAAAUAUUUCAAGUACAACCCUCAAUUUCAGAUAAUCAAUCUUUUCAGGCUAACUAUUUUGAAGCACUUUCAGCAGAAGAUAACCACUCAGUAACAUCUGAUGAAGCCUACCAUUCAGACACACCUUAUGUUGAAAACCCUAGUACGCUUCCUUCUCAAGCUGAACAUUUAAAGAUGCAUUUCUCUGAAUCUGAAUGUUUAGAUACACUAACCACUGAUGCUGACAACAACAGUGCACACUCCAAUGACACUAGCAUCUCAAAAAAUGUCUCAGCCACUUCAAACAUGUCACUUGGAAUGGAAUUUAAUGAACCAGAGCAUUUAAAAAUGUCACCUUUUAACAAUGCAGUGACAUCUUUCAGUGAUACCUCAUGGGAAGAGCACUCCAUGUCAUAUCAUCACUCGAUUAACAGUUCUGUUAACUCCUCUUCCUUGGCCCAAUCUCAAGUCAUCAGUUCUCCAACAAACUUUAGCAGGAUGGAUUGUUAUGGUAUUACUGUGCAAAGUUCCACUUCUGACGUACUUCAUCAAAGCGGUAUACUUUCUGGAAACAUCAGUCCACACCCCACUGACACUAGUGCCUUAGAAAAUGCUUUGGCCACUUCAAAAAUUUCACUUCAAGAUGAAAAUGACAGUGAUGAUUUGAAUACUUUCCUACUAUCUCCUGAAUCUCAAGAAGUACUUUCAUCUUUCAUAAAAAUUCUUGAUGAAGAAGACAUCUUUUCGUCUGUAAGCUCUCCCUCUAGUACAGAAUAAUCUCUUCUUGCUCCUUCACAAAUCAUCUUUUGAGGGAACAUACCCUCUCAGCAAAAGAUACAACAAUAGUGUUCAAAAGGUUUAAUUCUUAAUGUCCACCUGACCAAUCAAACGUUUUGGUUCUUACAAAACUUAUCAGACGACUGAUGCUAAAGAUAUACUUCCAAGCUUUGAUAUAAGAAUUCAGACCACUGUAAAUCCUUCAUUCCUUUCAAACAUGUCAGAUAAUAUUAUUAAUUGUUUACCUUUCUCAGGUGUUGCUUUGGAGAGUAAGGGAGAUAAAUCUUACUUGCAGCUAACAUCUACAUCAGAGACAAGAACAAUAUGUUGUGGUGCUGGCCUGGACUUGUAAAUACAAUUUAGUAUAGUGUUUUUUAUAUUUUGUGAUUCUUUGAUCUAAGCUUUCUGAUUUCUUUAAGAUUGCCAUCUUCUCAUCCACACUUUGGCUGUUGUCUUUGUGAAAAGAUGACAAUGCUGUCUUAAAAUUAAGUUUUGUCAAAAACAAAAAGGCAAACACCUGUGUUUAUCUACAUUGAUUUUGUUGUACAUUUCUCAAAUCAAAAGACAGUGGGAUUCUUUCUUGGGAUGAGAGAGGGCAGGCAGGGGGGGGGGUUUAUUUCCUGGUCAAAAUAAAAAAAUAUAUACCUUCUGAUAUCUUGUUUCAUUGAUUGCCACAUGGCUUCUUGGUUGUUGUGUCUAUGCCUGCCUCUUUGUGAUGAUAAUGACAUACUAUUUUUUAAAGAGAGAUUGUAGACAAACUCUUUGUUUAAAACAGUAUAUGAUUACAAAUCAAAACCAAUUACCAGUGGCAAAAAUACUAGCUAAUAUACUCACCAUGGGUGACCAAAGAGAAAACUACAUGUACUUCAUAAUAUAAAAAAAAUUAGCUUAAAAAUAAUGAGUCAUUUUCAAGAGGUGAUAACAAAAGAUUUUAAUAGAAUAGUAUUUAAAUUUGAUUGAUGUAUAUGUAUGAAUUAAUUGAUUAAAUACAUGGAACAUUUUAAAA